CGACACACAUUACUUGUGUAUACCAUUUAAAGAUGAAAUAUUGUGAGUUGUUUGUCGCGCUCGGUGUUGUGUUUCUGAUGCUGAUUCAAGACUACAACACAGUAACUGCGGCGCCUGAGCCCUGCUUCAGUUUCCACCACUUUCCACGCCGUCAAACCACUGAAGCUCCGAAAACAGAAGAACCGACUACACAAGCUGAACCGAUAAAAGAGAAGAAAGUGAAGAAAUUGGAAAAACUUGUACAAAAUUGGUUGACGGCCCCUUGGAGCUCAUCCGGCUGGGAAAUGCAAGAAGCUCCAGAGCAGUCAAGGAAUAUGUUCGAUACUUUCAUUUCCAGUUACAUCAAUUUUAUAGCUUACCUGUUUAAUAUGUUUUGAUAAUUUAUAACGAUCGUUAUUUCAUCGAUCAAUCUUUAUUCGUAGCUUAUCAAUAUUUACUGAAAUACUUAUUUUUGUUACGAAAUAAAUAAUGCUCUCAGUAUUGCAAGUCAUGUACCUCCCAGCUAGUCCAUUUUUUGUACAGUUUUAUAAAAUCUAUUCUUAAGUACACUAUAAUUACUCAAUAAAAUAUAAAAACCCAAUUAAUUUUAAUUCAUUUUAUUGACUCAUUUCACAACUUAAAAUGAGAAACAGAUUUACUGUACAAUAACAAUCACAAUCAUACAAAACAUUAGGGCUACUACAUCGAAUGUUAUUGUACAGUAAAGCUUUACAUUCACGUCCCAGCACACGGUGCCAGACCGAUAACAAAACAUUAAAUAAUUACAUACAUCAAUUCUGAGCGUAAUCCCCA